AGAUGACUUCCCUUCAGACAACAGAGCAGAUGUUGUGGUUCCCCACUAAGUUCCAAGAAGCUGCUGGGAUGGAAAUGAAUAACAGGAAAGCCAUGGUAUUGGUCUUGCUGCUGCUACUGUCUCAGCUGGCCUGUGACGCUCACAGCGUGUCUGAGUGCUGCAGAGAACCGUCUCGUCCCUGCCGCCUUUAUGUGUUGCUGUGUCGCUCAGGCAACAAGGGACCGGGUGGAGUCCUCACAGAUGAUGCGGCCGCUGGGAUCCUCACUCUGGGCAAACGAAAAGAGGACGAGUAUCGCUUUCAGAGCCGACUCCAACAGCUCCUACAAGGCUCCAGGAACCAAGCAGCAGGGAUUCUGACAAUGGGGAAGAGAACCAGAGAGAGAGCUGGGGAGCAGUACAUGGACUGGAUGGCUCAAUCUGGAACGACCAUUAUGACACCCCUGCCUGUUUGAAACUAAUCGAGUAAAACCAGGGACGCUGUUUAAAUGAAAAAAGUCACACUUUACACCAAAUGUAUAUUUUUUUGCUCAGAAAUAAUGUGAAUUUGAAUGUGAUGUCCAAAUUUUAGGAAAAAUGUUCUAUAUUGUACAUAAAAGGGUCUGUGAUCUAAUAAAAAAGAAUCAAAGCUGA